AUGGAUAUGCACUGCAAAGCAGACCCCUUCUCCGCGAUGCACCCAGGGCACGGGGGUGUGAACCAGCUUGGGGGGGUGUUUGUGAACGGCCGGCCCCUGCCCGACGUGGUGAGGCAGCGCAUCGUGGAGCUGGCCCACCAGGGUGUGCGGCCCUGCGACAUCUCCCGGCAGCUGCGGGUCAGCCACGGCUGUGUCAGCAAAAUCCUGGGCAGGUACUACGAGACCGGCAGCAUCAAGCCUGGAGUGAUCGGCGGCUCCAAGCCCAAAGUGGCAACGCCCAAAGUGGUGGACAAGAUUGCUGAAUACAAACGUCAGAACCCAACUAUGUUUGCCUGGGAGAUCCGAGACCGGCUCCUGGCCGAGGGCAUCUGCGACAACGACACGGUGCCCAGCGUCUCUUCUAUCAACAGGAUCAUCCGGACCAAAGUUCAGCAACCUUUCCACCCAACGCCAGAUGGGGCUGGGACGGGAGUGACUGCCCCUGGCCACACCAUUGUUCCCAGCACGGCCUCCCCUCCUGUUUCCACUGCCUCCAAUGAUCCAGUGGGAUCCUACUCCAUCAACGGGAUCCUGGGGAUCCCUCGCUCCAAUGGCGAGAAGAGGAAACGUGAUGAAGUCGAGGUAUACACUGAUCCUGCCCACAUUAGAGGAGGUGGAGGUUUGCAUCUGGUCUGGACUUUAAGAGAUGUGUCCGAGGGCUCAGUCCCCAACGGAGACUCCCAGAGUGGUGUGGACAGUUUGCGGAAGCACUUGCGAGCUGACACCUUCACCCAGCAGCAGCUGGAAGCUUUGGAUCGGGUAUUUGAGCGUCCUUCCUACCCUGACGUCUUCCAGGCAUCAGAGCACAUCAAAUCAGAACAGGGAAAUGAGUACUCCCUCCCAGCCCUGACCCCUGGGCUUGAUGAAGUCAAGUCGAGUCUAUCUGCAUCCACCAACCCUGAGCUGGGCAGCAACGUGUCAGGCACGCAGACAUACCCCGUUGUGACCGGUCGUGACAUGGCGAGCACCACUCUGCCUGGUUACCCCCCUCACGUGCCCCCCACUGGCCAGGGAAGCUACCCCACCUCCACCCUGGCAGGAAUGGUGCCUGGGAGCGAGUUCUCCGGCAACCCGUACAGCCACCCCCAGUACACGGCCUACAACGAGGCUUGGAGAUUCAGCAACCCCGCCUUACUAAUGCCGCCCCCCGGGGCUCCGCCCCUGCCGCUGCUGCCGCUGCCUAUGACCGCCACUAGUUACCGCGGGGACCACAUCAAGCUUCAGGCCGACAGCUUCGGCCUCCACAUCGUCCCGGUCUGACCGCCCACCCCGGAGGGAGGGAGGACCGACGCGACGCGGAGCCUCCAGGCCACCGCCCCAGCCCCACCCCCAUCCCAGGACCCCGGCAGCCCUUCACGUCACCCCGUCGAAGGCCGGACAGGACGGGUGGAGCCGCGGGCGGGACCCUCAGGCCCGGGCCCACCGCCCCAA